AUGACUGGUAACUUAGUUACAUCAAAUUACAAGCAAAGAAUACCCUCUAAAAAUGUGUAUUACUACCGCUGCCCGGCCCACAGGAAGAACUAUGUCAUGUCAUUUGCCUUUUGCUUUGACCGUGAGGAUGACGUUUAUCAAUUUGCCUACUGCUACCCCUACACCUAUACUCGCCUUCAGCACUAUCUUGACAGCCUACAAAGGAGGAAUAUGGAUUACUUUUGCAGAGAAUUGCUCGGACUUAGUGUGCAGAAACGGCAGCUUGACCUCCUGACAAUAACCAGCCCCGCGAACCUGCGUCCGGGUGCUGAACAGAAAGUGGUGUUCAUCACUGCACGAGUCCAUCCUGGGGAAACUCCGUCCUCCUUCGUGUGCCAAGGUAUAAUUGAUUUCCUUGUGAGCCAGCAUCCUAUUGCAAAAGUACUGAGAGAUCACUUGGUCUUCAAGAUUGCACCCAUGCUCAAUCCUGAUGGAGUAUACCUAGGAAAUUACAGGUGCUCCCUGAUGGGGUUUGAUUUAAACCGGCACUGGGCGAACCCGUCUCCUUGGGCUCAUCCCACGCUGCACGGAGUGAAACAGCUCAUCAUUCAGAUGUACAACAACCCGAAGAUUAACUUAGAGUUCUAUAUUGACAUCCAUGCUCACUCCACCAUGAUGAAUGGCUUCAUGUAUGGGAACAUCUUUGAAGACGAGGAAAGAUUUCAGCGACAGGCUGUUUUCCCCAAGCUACUCUGUCAGAAUGCUGAAGACUUCUCCUAUUCCAGUACAUCCUUCAACCGAGAUGCUGUGAAGGCAGGGACAGGCCGGCGUUUUCUUGGUGGGCUGUUAAAUGACACGUCCUACUGCUACACGCUGGAAGUCUCAUUCUACAGCUACGUCGUGGGAGGAACUACUUCUGCUGUUCCCUACACAGAAGAAGCAUAUAUGAAGCUUGGAAGAAAUGUGGCCAGGACAUUCUUGGAUUACUACAGGCUGAACGCCUUGGUGGAGAGACCUCUAGCACCUAUUCCUAAAACUCGGAAAGAAAAACUGCCGCUUUUUAAAUGCACUACCCAGCGGGGCCAAGGGAGCAGCCACGUUGGCAGCAAGCCAGAGAAGAGGAGCCAGACGAAUCUCAAGGAGCCGACACUCUCCACGUGAUGCUAGGAGAGGAGGGCUGGUCUGCGGGGCUGAGGCGAAGGAGCACGUCUGGGGUCUGGAACCGAUAAUGUUUCCCUUUUUUCCCAGACGAGUAUUUCUAAGAUAACGAAUAGGCCAAGGGGAAAGAGGGAGAGGGAAAUUAGCUAGAAAUUUUACUAUUGAUUCUUUUUUAUUUAUAGAUGGUAAAUCAAUUUCAGGCCUUUUUUUUUUGGCUCAUCUCUGGGAAAAAGAGCAACGCGAUGGAUUUGCAGAAAUCAUUUGCUGCGGCUGAAAAGCUAUUUGUUAAAACAAGAAAGCCUCCCCCUCCUCCACCAGCCCCUCUCCCUCUUUAAAGGGGUAAUCCAUACGAUGAGCAAACGAGGAACUCCUCGCUCCCCUGCUGCAGCAUGUGUUGUCUCUCCUUUCAGUGUCAGGCUCCGAAGCUCUUAGGCCAAUUGCAUGUGCUAGUCCAGUUAGCUUGCAUUAAGAGAGCCUGAUAAAUAGCUUGUGGGAGUCAGGCAGGCGCUCCUUACUGUGCCGUUUAUCAUCCACUGCAUGGUUAGUUUUUUGCUCUUCUAUCAGAUCAUUUGAGGAAAGGGGUCAUAGGAGGAAUGUUACUGAUGUCACCUAUCAUGCUGCAGGCAUGAAACUCACUGCAAGACCUGUCUAAUAGGCAGAAACCUUGGUCGUCUGGCAAUAGCUGGCUGGGGUCCAGAAAGAUGGGACUCCCCAACAGAUGUACCACUGAGGUAGUGCAGGCUGGAGGUAAACACUGAAAGGGAUGAACCAAAGGUACUGAGUGAGGUAUUGAGAAGCACAAAGCAAAGGUAUGGUCCCACUACUGCAAGAAAGCCCAGGUAAAGCCUUGCCACCUUCUCAUCAGAUGGCCAGCACAUGAAAUCUCUGCUCAAAGCCACUGUCACUAGGCAGUCUUGUCUCCCGGUCUUGUGUGACUAACAGGAAAUGCCUACCAGUGAUGUGGAUUUGACGCUGUAGGCCAGUGGUUCUCAAACUGGAAAGCAAAAGAGGGUGACCCUGGGGGGUGUGGGAGAGUCUGCCAGGGGAUGGGAAGGUGAGUGCGCUUAAAAGUGCCUCAAGCCAACCCAUCAGAAACCUCUGUAAGCAGUUUCGCUUGACCUCCUUCCGGUAUGAGCUGAGCUGCAGCAGUAGCUUGGACGAGAGAUGUGCUGAGCCCCACUGGAUGGAGAAAGGAUGAACCAGAUUGAGGGUGAAGAGAGAUGUGUGAAAUAAGACUGAAUUGGCUUCUCUUAGGGUGGGGUGGCCCUAAAGAAGCAGUAGCCCCUGACACUUCUUUCACUAGAGAGCAGGGUUGGUUGCUCUUCUGCUCUUUCACAGGACUUGAGCCCUAGGAUCUAGGAGCAGGACAAACCUCAGCUGGCUUCUCAACCUGGGCUCUGUGUGAGAAGAAUGUGUCCUGGGGAGGAAUGAGGAGACAUGAGAAAAAUUGAGAAUUACAGGCUAAAACGGACCUUCCAGGCAACUUAAAUUUAUUAUCCCUUGUGGAAAUACUCACAGAUUCUUCAGCAGUGGAAAACUGCUAAAUCUGAGCAUGACCAACAUUGAACCAAGGUUUGAUCCUAAGAAGAAUUGAAAGCAGCUCAGGUUACAUUUAUGCAGCCAGGAAUCCAACAAGCCCUUAUAUGUGCUUAUCUGUCUUUGAAUACCUUUGGCUCAUUCUCACCAUAUCUGUGUCACAAGGGAUGAAAGAGAGCGCUGUAUAGGUUCCUCUGGGCUCUUUUCAAUACUGGAGAAGCACAAAGCAAGUAGGGUCAAGGAUAAGAUAUGUUCUGUGUCUCAGGGCCUCACACAGACUUCUGUAGCCCUACCACAACACCCAGGCAGACCUUCUGGGAGCUACUAGCAUGUGGUUUCUGUCCAGUUAGCAUUACUGCAAUCAGAAAGAAUGGGCAGGCACAAGCCAGGGCAGAAAUUUGGUCUUGCAUGCCUCCAGAAAAGGACCACCUGCUAAGGAUCUGAUAGAAUUUGAGCUGACUGCACCCAUGUGUUAGCCAGCCAUUAGCUGGGCUUUCAUUAGUCAGUCAGUCAGUUAUUUUCUCUCUAAUAAGGGGGACUUGGUUGAAAAAAGGAAGAGAUGUCCCACUUGAAGGAAAAUGAUUUAAAACACCUAACAAACCUGAUGUUGCCAGAAUUUCAAGGUGAGAGGGUUAAACUGUGUGUGUUUUUAUGGAGAAUGAAAUGCCCUGAUAUGAUGAAUUCUAAGGCAUCUAAAAGACACAGUGCUGGCUUUCUGUCUCCAAAAGCAGAGUAAUGAAUAGCAGUGACAGUGUGAUAAUUAAAAUGACCUCUUGGAGAUAUGGAUUAGAAGGUAUGCAGAAGGGGGAUAACUUCUCCUUUGAAUUAAUUUAAUGUUAAUUUAUGACUAUCAUUGGGUUUUAUAGGGUUUUAAUGGAAGACUUGCAAAAUUGGUUUACUGGGGGAAAUUUUUUUUGCAUAUUCAUUGAAAAAAACACUUGCAGAAUUCUUUAUUAUUUAUUUCUGAAUGGUUUAAUAUGUACAUAUAUGGAGAGAGAAUUUCAGGUAUUUGCUUAGCCCCUAAGGGCUUAGCCACUAAACUCUAGAAAUAUGAAUAAAGUGAUAAAAGCA